AUGCGUCGCGGCUGGAAUGGCAUCACCAUCAGCCGAGACACGAUCCACAUCGAGGGCAUGGAGCUCGGGUACAAGAAGCCCGUCCUGUUCGAGCGGCACGCGGUGGGAGGCGAGUACGGCGCCGGCUUCAAGGCGGGCAUCGGGAAAGGGAAGGUUGUGACUGUGCACCUGGGCGCCGACGGCGACGCGACGAUUGUCGACCAGCGCGACCUGAGCGACGACAACAACGCCGUCGUGACGUACCACAACCCGAUCGACAACGUGACCGACCUGGCGCACCACUUCUUCGCGCGCUGCCUCGUGGCCGACGGGGGCGAGGGCGUGGUGCCGUACGUGGUCGUGUCCCGGACACGCAAGGGCGUGGUGCCGUACGUGGUCACCAAGAAGACCGUCUUCAAGUGGCAGGAGGGCUUCUGGGUCGCGAUGAAGGAGGUCUUCGACGCGCACUACAAGGACAAUCCUGGCCCGUCGGCAGGCGAGCUUCCUCACCUCAUCUCUGACGCGGCGACGAUGCAGAUCAUCCGCUGGACGGGCGGCGGGUUCGGGAUGGCGGCGCACAACUACGACGGGGACAUGCUCACCGACGAGGUCGCGCAGGUGCACCGCUCGCCUGGCUUCAUCAACUCGGUCCUCAUCGGCAAGAAGGCGAGUGGAGAUGCGAACGGCGAGAUCAUCAAGGAGUACGAGGCGUCGCACGGCACCGUCGCGGACAUGGACGCGGCGCGUUUGCGGGGCGAGGAGACCUCGCUCAACCCGCUCGGCAUGGCGCUCUUCGGCGCGAUGGACCACUCCGCGGACCUCGCCGGCGGCCGUGAAGACGUGAAGGACUUCACCGCCUCGCUGCGCAAGAUCGUGCACAAGUGCAUGGUGGAGGGCAAGGGCACGCGCGACCUGUGCGGCCCCAGCGGCCUGACCACCGAGCAGUUCAUCGACGAGGUCGCCUCCCAGAUCGGCAAGGACGUGAGCGCGGCCACGGCCGCGCCGACCAAGCCGGUGGCGGCCGAGAAGGACCGCGGCGAGGGAGCGCUUCGGACGUCGACGAUGAGGCUAUCAAUGCGCUCUUCAACGAGCUCGACACGGACGGCAACGGCGUGA